UAUUCAUUGUGCAUCUUCUAGCCCAUGCGUUGUAAAUAAUAAUGUUAUUUGCUUUUCUAGUCCAGUACACACAGGUAUACAUAUUCAUGAUGAAUCCCUAUUUCACUCAUUCCAAUAGUACGUCGUGCCAUGCUGGCAUCCAGAAUGCCAAAGCUUGAGCCUUCUUGCUGCUCUUCGGUCCUUCCGCCUGUAGGUGGCGCUGUGACAAUUGACGUUCCCGGUUUUCUAGUCUCACCCACUGAAGAAACGGCGCUUGAACCGCCAGAUUUGUGACCAUUGAGCAAUCUGAUGAGGAGAACAUCAUGUCCCACGUGUCAAGUGACCGUCGGAGCCGGCAGGAGGAUAUAAAGAGCGGCAUGGAAUUCAUUCAGUCUCCGUUGCCAUUUCCUGGAUCACAAGAAGAUUAUGAGAUUUUUAUUCAUAAGCUCGUAAGAAACCUAUUCAAUGAAGGAAAUGACCUGUACAGAGAGGCACUUAAGGAUGAGGCCAUUAACCAGUACACUGAGGCCCUUAGCAUUGCCACAUAUGCUGCAUCUGAAGAGAUUGCCAUUAAAAGCGAGACCCUGGAAAAGCUGCAUGUGAAUCGGGCUUUAUGUUAUAUAGACACGGGUUUCCAUGAGGAUGCUUUGAGAGAUUGUGAAGAUGUGAUACGUAUUAAUGAGAAAAACCUAAGGGCUCUGUAUUGCAAGUCUAAAGCCUUAUUUACUCUAGAGAGAUAUAAAGAAGCUUAUGAAGCAAUUGCAAAAUGCUCUAUCAUUGCCCCAAAAGAUGAGAGUGUGGUAAAAUUGACCCGUGAACUGGCUGUGAAGCUGGGGCUAAAAAUUAGGAAAGCCUAUGUUAGGACACAGCCUAAUUCUCAGGUUACAGCUGUGGAUCCAUCAGAAAAGAUGUGUGAUAGUUUUGCAGAUCAAAUUGAGCCCGAUUUGCCAGAAUUUGAUGGCCAUGAACCUCUUUAUGUGCCUUUCUCUACACUGAGCCUCAACAAUGGACCAUUCAGAGAGACAUCACCUGUUCCAGCCCCGUCAGUCUCUCCAAGUGUGCCCCUGGUCUCUGAGACUGGAAUAUUCCCCUCUGCACUUAUAAGUAGUGAUACGUCUGCUUUAUUUCCACUGUCAAACUUACGUGAUGAAAUUAUUGGUGAUGAAUUGGACCUCAUCCUCGAUUCUGUGCCAUCAUGCAAUGGGCUAAACAUGGCUAGCAGUGCUGUAAGGGGUACCAGCAGGCUGACUGACUUUCCAGGACUGGAGCCGCCCUUGCCAUACCAGGGUUUUGCCUUUCCCCAGAUGUUAAGCCACAGCAUGGACAGUUUUCCCCUAAACCCCCUACCUAUGACAAGCUCCCAAAGAGAUGUUUCUGUAUUAGAUCAUUUUAAUGGUAUACCUAAGGCAAGUCUAUUAGACCCAACUCCGUUUCCUGGAAAUGAUUCCACAUACUUUCUUAGAUCGGAUAGCCCUCUAGAUUUUUCUGGGGCACAUAAGAAAGGACAUUUGUUAGAAGGUGUUAAUGGGGAGCCAUCUAUUGUGACUAGUAUCAAUAACUCUGGGAAGAUCGCUAAUCCCCUCGAAGACACCCAUGAGUUCAGACAGGCCUGUCUGCAGUGUUUUACCAAAGCAGGAUUAAAGCCCUUGAGCUACAAUUUUCACCCUAAUCUGGAUCAUAAAUGCAAAAAAGACAUUUUUAUAGGGAAAUUAAAGAGUUCUGCAGAUGACACAUGGAAGAGCAUAAGACCAAGACCAACCAAGAACCACUAUGCUGGUCAAUACUACAUAUGUAAAGAUGUUGCUCAAGGCAUUGAGUGCACUUAUCCAGGAUGCUGCACAUUUGCAUAUUGUCAAGAAGAAAUUGAUGUUUGGACCCUGGAGAGGAAAGGAAUGUUCUGCAGAGAAGCAAUGUUUGGAGGCAACAUCAAAGUCAAUCUGACAAUCCCUCAUCUUUUACAGGAGUAUUCCGGGAUGUUUGUUUUUCUGUGUGAGAAAUGUUUUGAUCACAAACCCAGGAUUAUUAGUGAAAAAAAUAAGGAUAACCCCUUUAGCUGUUCACAUCCCGUUGCAAAGCAUCAUUUUGAAGAAAAUAAGUGUCUUGUUCACAUGUUCCGAGACUCUGUUGUAAAAUACUGCAAAAUCCGUCCAUUCAGCCAUCAUGUUGUACUUGAUCUUUGUCGGCAUGAAGUUAGAUACGGAUGCUUAAGAGAUGAUGAUUGCUUCUAUGCCCACAGCUUAGUGGAACUUAGAGUCUGGGUCAUUCAAGAAAAGACAGGAAUUUCCUUCGAAAGAAUUGUUCAGGAGUCUGAGUCCUAUUGGGCAAAGGAGUCCAGUUCACUAAAGCCCCAGUUGUUAACCGUUAACAAUAAUCCAGGAUAUCCAAAUUUCAACAUCAAAUUUGUUUGUGGGCAAUGCUGGAGAAAUGGUCAAGUGAUUGAAUCAGACAAAAACAGAAAAUACUGUAGUGCAAAGGCAAGACACACAUGGACCAAAGAUCGCCAGGUUGUUCUUGUGAUGUCCAAUGAGCGUAAAAAGUGGAUAUCUAUCCGACCAUGUCCUACCAAGAAGCCAGUACCAGUUCAAUUUGAGUUGUGUCAUCAUAUAUUGAAUGGGAAAAAAUGCCAAUAUAUAGGAAACUGUGCAUUUGCUCACAGCCAAGAGGAGAAAGAGAUAUGGACCUUCAUGAAGGAUUUGGGCAUUCAGGAUAUGGAGCAAUUGUAUGAGAAGUUGAACAGCAAGAAAAUGGCAAAAGGAAAUGAGGUUUCAAGUCAAGUGAACAAACAAAUUCACCUUCCCACCGACUAUGCAGAAACCACAGUUGAUUUUCAUUGCUGGCUUUGUGGUAAAAACUGCAAUAGUGAGCGUCAGUGGAAGAUGCAUAUCUCAUCAGAAAAGCAUAAAGAAAAAGUUUUCCACUCUGAAGAUGAUCAGAACAUCUGGCAGCACCGUUUCCCUACUGGUUGUUUUAGCAUAUGUAAAAGGUUCUUAUCUGGUACAUGUGUAAAUGGAGACCAAUGCGACUAUGCUCAUGGAAAUGCUGAACUUUUGGAAUGGGAAGAAAGAAGCAAAGUUCUACGCCUAAAACUAGAGAAAGCUCGCAAGGAUCAGCUGAUUAACCCUGAUGAUAAUGACUUUGGGAAAUAUAGUUUUUUGAUUAAGGAUUUGAAAUAAGCGUCGGACACUGGAAACAAACCACAACGCGGAUGAAAUGGUGUAAGAGUUAAAACACUCCUGAUCUUGUUAGAACAUCAUCCGGUCCUGCUCUUUUUGAUGUUCUGAGUCUUAUAAGCAGAACAGCAUUUAGUGGAUCCCUUACAAAAAAAAAGAUCCUGGUUUCCGAGUUAAAUAUCAAGAAGUAAGGGAGCAAUACUAACAUGUACCUAAGUCAGGAUUGCAGACUGAUACAUUAUUGUAAUGGUUAAUUAAAUAAAUCUUAGAUUUUACAGGGAAGGGUUAAUUACUUGUGAAAAUGAUUAGUCUCAGAUUCAUAUUUUAUUCUAGCCUUGGUCCGUUUGUGUAUUUAUGAUAUACAUUUUUAGAAUAUAUAUUUUUAUAAAGAAAGUCCAUACAUAGCAACAGAUUAAAAAUUAACAUUUCCUCUUUUUUUUUUUUUUUUCCGUUUUAUUCCAAAUAUUUGCUGUCCCUCUGGCAACCAAUGGAUUAGUCUCCAAAGGGGAGCUUUGUAAGGCACAGCAGACGCCAUUGGUUAGGUUUGUUUGCCGUCUUGCAAAAGUGUUAAUGUCACAUAGUAUUAGGAUAGGACGCCACGUGAACAGAGUAUUAAUGUUAUUGCUGUCAUUUAUAUCAUAAUGUGACUGUGAGUACAUUGUGUUAGUACAUUGCCUGCAGUGUGUAAGAGCGGAGUCCUCUAUACCAGGCUACUGAGCUGCAAGCCUCACAUGGCCCAUACUCAGUUGGGUGUAAUAGCUUCAGGCAUGGGCUAAAAAUCUUUUUGACAGUAUAUUAAAGGGUACCUCUCAUCAAAAAAACUUUUGAUAUAUUAUAGAUUAAUGUAUGCAGAAUAACUUUACAAUUGCAUGUUAUUAAAAAAUAUGCUUAUUUCUAUUUAAUUUUCCACUUUGAAGAAAUGACCACUAGGGGUCUCCCUACCAGUCCUGGCAGCAAGUAUUUCAGACUCAUGCUGGAGUCCUAAACACUACGAGCUGCCAGUCUGCUUUGUUCACAAAGGAGA